UGCGCGAAACAUUCGCGUUCUUCUCUCGUCGCGAGACGUAACGGGUGUUGAAUGCGUUGUAGCGCGGCCGUUUGACCACAUGUUAUCACCCGCAUAAAACUUCGAAGAAGUUGUGAAAAUAUCCGCCGUUUAAACCCAGUUUCAUGGAAGACUCUGGUGAGCCCAUGACCGGGAUGUUGGACACGAAUGCCCCUGAUAACGGGGACGCUCCUGCUAUGGAGGGCACCGGGGCCGAUUACGGCACAGACCCGACCGCGACCGACUGGACGGCUCCUCCACAGGCUCCUCUGGCGAAUCCGGAAAGCCACGAGUGCGAGCAGAUCCAGCAGCCGUCUGCAUCAGAACAAAACCAGCUGUACUCGAUGGAGCAUCUGAAGUCUGCAGCGGAGAACAUCGACCACACAGCCAGUCCUGCAGACCCCGGUGCGGAGAGCCUAGGGCAGCAGACGGAGUCAAACGGACAGCAGGACGAGGCGAAGCUGGCCGGAGCGGGCAACUCGGAGAGCCCUUCCAAUAUGGAGCUAGAAGACGCUCCCAAAGAAACCGCAGAAGCGGAGGAACCAGCGGCAGACACAGACACAGCCGCCACACAAGAAUCUGAGUUUCCUGCAGAUUACGAGCGGCUCUUUAAAGUUGUGGAGGAUAAUCCUGAAGACUUCAACGGCUGGGUCUACCUUCUGCAGUAUGUUGAACAGGAGAACCACCUGGUGGCUUCAAGGAAGGCGUUUGAUGACUUUUUCCUACACUACCCCUACUGUUACGGCUACUGGAAGAAGUACGCAGAUAUUGAGAAGAAACACGGCUACGUACACAUGGCCGAUGAGGUUUACCGUCGAGGUCUGCAGGCGAUUCCGCUCAGCGUCGACCUGUGGCUGCAUUAUAUCACUUUCCUGCGAGAGAACCAAGACACUAGCGACGGAGAGGCUGAAAACCGCAUCAGAGCGUCCUAUGAGCACGCCGUUCUGGCCUGUGGCACAGAUUUCCGCUCUGACCGUCUGUGGGAGGCUUACAUCGCAUGGGAGACGGAGCAGGGCAAGCUGGCUAACGUCACGGCCGUCUACGACCGCAUCCUCUGCAUUCCCACCCAGCUGUACUCGCAACAUUUCCAGAAGUUUAAAGAGCACGUCCAGAGCAACAACCCCAAGCACUUCCUGUCUGAGGAGGAGUUCGUGCAGCUGAGAGUGGAGCUGGCUAACGCUAACAAGCCUAGCGGAGACGACGCUCCGGGCGAAGAGCUUCCGCCGGGGACGGAGGACCUGCCGGAUCCCGCCAAGCCAAUGAAAACCUGAGGGUCCAGGUUGGCAUCCAAUCAGGGACUUGGGCUAAAAGUGGGACGGGCUCGUGACGAAAUGCCACCGUCCCAGCACCGGCCAGAGCUGAUUCACUGGAGAGUGACGGAGAUCGAGAACAUGAGGCAUAAGGUGACCGAGACCCGCCAGGAGGUGUUUAACCACAACGAGCAUGAAGUCAGCAA